AUGGUGUCAUACUUUUCGGGCAGCCGAAUUAGCGCUCUUGGCCUAGCAGUCUUGGCCUCUCCUACCAGGGCUGCACCAUGCGACAUAUACGCUCAGGGUGGCACACCUUGCGUAGCAGCGCAUAGCACGACCCGUGCCUUAUACAGCGGCUACAUCGGGCCCCUAUACCAGGUCUUGCGUGGUUCAGACGGUGGGCAUCUGAAUAUUUUGCCCGUGUCAGCCGGCAGCGUUGCCAAUGCCGGGGCACAGGAUGCGUUUUGUACCGGCACCACCUGCGUGAUUACGAUUAUCUACGAUCAAAGUGGCCGAAACAACCACAUUACUCAGGCCCCGCCUGGCGGAUUCAACGGCCCCGACGUCAGUGGCUAUGAUAAUCUUGCUAGCGCAAUCGGCGCACCUGUCACGCUGGACGGUAAAAAGGCAUACGGAGUUUUCAUAUCUCCGGGCACUGGCUACCGAAACAACAAAGCCAAUGGCACAGCUGUCGGCGAUGCAAGCGAGGGCAUGUAUGCGGUCCUCGACGGUACACACUUCAACGGGCAGUGCUGCUUCGACUACGGGAAUGCGGAGACAAACAAUCGCGAUACUGGCAAUGGCCACAUGGAAGCCAUCUACUAUGGCGAUUCGACAUUCUGGGGCUCCGGCUCCGGAAAUGGCCCAUGGAUUAUGGCUGAUCUUGAGAAUGGUCUUUUCUCGGGUGCUUCCACGGGUAAAAAUGACGGUAACCCGUCCAUAAAUGCUCGUUUCCUGACAGCAACUGUCAAGGGCGGCCCAAACAAAUGGGCAAUUCGUGGUGCUAGUGCAAACUCGAACGACCUGUCAACGUUUUACGACGGCGCGCGUCCAAAUGCGCAAGGCUACAACCCUAUGAGCAAGGAAGGCGCUAUCAUUCUGGGUAUUGGCGGAGACAACAGCAACGGCGCGCAGGGUACAUUCUACGAAGGCGCCAUGACUUCUGGCUAUCCUUCGGACGACACCGAAGCUCUGGUGCAAUCCAACAUUGCCGCCGCCAAGUAUGCCGUCACGGCUCUUACAAGCGGUCCAGCGCUGGCUGUCGGCUCUACAGUAUCCCUGCAGGCUACGACGGCUGGGUUCACUGCGCGUUUCAUUGUUCACAACGGCUCCGCUAUUGUCAGCGAAGUCGUGUCUUCUUCGAGCACCGCAGCGCUCAAAGGCCGGGGGAGCUGGGUUGUCCGCACUGGGCUUGGCAACGCAGGAUGCGUUUCCUUUGAAGCUAGCGAUACUCCGGGCAGCUACAUGCGACACUUCAACUUCCAGCUUCAGUUGAACCCGAGUGAUGGUACCAAGCAGUUCAAUGAAGAUGCUACAUUCUGUCCACUUGCUGGUUUAAGCGGGGAAGGCAACUCAUUUCGAUCAUGGAGUUUCCCCACUCGCUACUUUCGCCACUACUACAACGAACUGUAUAUUAGUAGCAAUGGCGGCGUCCAUGAAUUUGAUAACCGAGCAUCUUUCAACACUGAUAUCACCUGGAAGGUCGGAAAAGGAUUUAUCUAG